AUGCCCGUCAGGGUCACUCGCCAGACCCGACGCCGAUAUCACUGGCCAGAACUCCAGCUGAACAUCUGGAUCAUUAUCGUGCUAGCCUGCUCGGCGACAUGUUUAGGGAUCUUUGCAUGGUUUAUGGCUGUUCAGUCGCAACUACGAUUAGGGACGCCAUGGCUCUUCCCCUACAUGGUCGUCUCCGGCAGUCUAGGCGUGUUCUUCAUCCUGCUCAUCCUCAUCCUCGCCGCCCAACGGUUCCUCCUCCCGGGGAUAAUCAUCAUCGGCAGCUUCAUCCUCUUCGUCCUCUGGUUGACCGGGUUGAUCGAGACGGCAUUACAACUGUACGGGGUGAAAAGCAACGUGAACAGUAAUUGUCAGAUCUACGUUGCCGAUCAGCAGUCGGUAGGCGAUAGUAUCGACACGCUGGCAUGGUUGACGCAGAGCACGAUAUGUAAUUGUUGGAAAACCGCGUUUGCCCUAGAACUCCUCAAUACGAUCUUCUAUCUCUGGAUGAUGAUCAUGUCCUACAAGGUCAAUAGGGAUAUAUACUAUUAG